ACCCGCUUUCAUACGGCUGUUUAAAAAUGGCCGCUCCGUGCGGUUCAAUCGGAGCUACUGAUCAACACGAGCAUUUAGUAACCCUGUAAUUCAGUUAUGUGACCGCGCAUACCUCUAGAUUCGCACCUGUAGUGCGGCGCGUCUUCAGCACGUUUGUGCCAGUGCGUGUGUUUCUUUCGUGAUGUGCGCGAUACGACAGUCGUGUGCCAUGUCUGUUUCGACGCCGGCUAGGAUUACGAGCGCUUGGCUUAGGCUUAAUCCGUCUCCGACGCUUCUUCGGAUUAAGCCAGCACAACCGAAGCUCUGUGAUGUGCCACGGCAGGGACGUUAGACGGCACGCAUUCGCCCAAACUUUGAGCCGUUCGAAGCCUCGAUGGUGUAGACAACCGAGGCAUGGCUGAACUUCAGGUCACCCUGGAGUUCUUCAUCGAGCUCUUCAAGUUCAGCAAUGUCGACCUUUUCCAGCGAGGGUACUAUCAAAUCCGGACGGCUCUCAAGGUGCCCCAGAGGCUUCCGGCCAGAGUUGAAGUCCAACUGCCAAAAAGCACAGUGAUUCAAAGUUAUGCUCUGCCCAUAGUUUUUCCUCCCUGCGUUGUCAAUGGCACGGCCGUCAGCAAGACCUUUCAGAUCCUCUACAAGAAUGAAGAAGUGUUUCUGCACGACACCGUUUUGUUCAAGGUCCACGCACUUGUUGACGCGCACAAGGUCCGGGAUAUGCUGUCAAAGGCUGACUUCCAGCUUUCUGUCGAGCUUUGGUUCACGGACCAGAACUUUGGCCCUGACCACCACAAAACCAUCCAGUGCGUGAGCUCGCGACUACUGACUUUGCACAUGGAUCCCAGCCGUGGUCUUCAUCAUCAUAUUCCAGUUUUGUUCGACUAUUUCCACCUGUCGGCGGUUUCCGUCACCAUCCAUGCUUCGUUGCUGGCUGUGUACCAACCUUACAUCAGGAGGAGUGCUGUCUUGACACCGUCUCAUCCAGGCGUUACCAGGACAGGAAGAGCGCAGUGGUUUACGGGCAGCCCGAGGCUCGCCUCUCGAAAGUCGAUGUCGUCUAGUCUGGAGAGUGUCUUCUUUGGGCCACAGACGAGCGGAAGCGGGGGACGGCUCCUGGCGCGUCUACAGCGAGCCUGCAUGGUGCACUGGGAGCUGUGCUCGCUCCUGCUCACGGCCUACGGAAGCCUGCAGCGUCGAAUGGUCGAGUUCAUGCGCCUCCUGCCACCGUGGCAGCACCUGCGACGAGUUGUGGAAGACUCUUUACACCUUUCCUCUUGUCUAGAAGGUCUCAGCAACGUGGCAAAGGACUGUUUUCACCACAUUAAGGCCCGGGAUGUCUCCCCUCCGGAGUGGGACAAAGUCUUUGCUCACAUCACGCAAGCGGAGAACGAGGAGGACUUUGUGGCAGUGGCACACAGUGACGUGGCGCAGCUCUGCGGUGCACUGAUUGUGCUCUGGAAGCAGUUCCUCGAAGUGGUCGCUGACCAAGACAGAGUACGCCAACAGCUAGCCCGCCAGCGCCACCUUCAGCGCGUCAAGCGUUUCGCUGAGGCCUACUUCGUCAUCGAGCGACCGCGCAUUGCCGUCCUGUCGGCCAAUGAUGCCAGCACACAGCUCUUCUUUGAGGUGACGGAGGCGCUGCGGCGAUCCGAAUACCUUGCCCUUCUUCCUCCGUUGGAAGUGGAGUGUGCCGAGUUGGACGGCGAUAGCAACAAUCUGCCCAUCAUAUACGAGGAACACUACCAGGAUUUCAAGACAACACCCCAAGGCUGCGCAUCCCAGUCCUGUCUGAACCUCAGCGACAUCUCGAUUCAGUUCGACGACAGGCGUCCCUCAGCAUCUGCUGUCAGCACUAUGAAGCUGUCGGAGAAGGCUGCAGUGGCCUCCAAGUUGCUGGGUGAGAAACUCGCGCCACUGCGACACGGCUCGCCGACACUCUCCGCCGAUGCCGACCUGGGUUCUCCCACCUCCACGUCAUCAACUUCGUCCGCCGAUGCCCAAGACGGUGCCACCCGCUCUGGCAAAGGAAGCACUUCCUCGUCACGAGGCAAAGUGAAGUUAAAAGCACGCACUGCCAGCCUGCUCCGCCAGCUGAAACGACCGCACCUCAACAACUCGUCCGUCACGCUGCUUGCGUUCAAGAGACUCGACGCACUUCGUAGUCGGGCCGCCGAAAACGGCGGAACGGCUUCCGGCUCGCAGAUGAAGCACUCGCAGAGUUCCGUCGCGGUUACAUCGGCGAACCUGUCUCUUCCGCGGAGCGUCGCAACGCCUUCGCAGUCCCACCUCCUCAACAGCGAGUCGAUGCCCGACCUGACGACCCAGUUGGCGGUGGCACCAACUCAAGCGGCGCCACAGGCCGUGCCUCCGGCGCCUCCACCGCCGAGGUCACGAGUUGCAAGCGACAGUCUCAAUGCCAACUUCGACGCGCUCUUCGUCAGCGACCCAAUCGUCGCCAGGAAGGCAGUGUCAGAAUCGUGCUCAUGCGUGAGGCCGCACCUUCGAACCGCCCUGGCUCACAGCCUGACGGCCGCGAAACACAGGCGGUCCACGUCGUCGUGCCACGUGGGUUUCGACGCACGUCGCACGUCGGCGCCGCUCUCGAAUGCGCACGACCCAAGGAGGGAGUCGCUGGGCAUCCCCGACUUCAGGCGGGAAUCUCUCGGAGUCACCGACUCGAGGCGGGAAUCCCUCUGCAUGCCGGACUCGAGGAGGGAAUCUCUCGGAAUCCCGGAUUCGAGGAGGGACUCUUUAGACGAGGUCUUUCUCUGUCCCGGAACCGGAGGCUCCAGUAAGUCCACGUCAGGUUACGAGAGCGCGGACACAUCCUCCGACGUCGUGACGAUCGCUCCGAUGCCAGAAAAAGGCGCGACGUCACCGCUCGACGGUGGUACGUCGGUGCCUCCUCUACCUCCGCCGCAGUUCCGUGACAACCCCAAGGACAGUGCUGUCGGAAAUCUUGGUGGUCGCCCUUGUUCAACGUCGUCUUGUAAAGAAAAACAGCGUAGCAACUCUUCCUGUUCUCGGGAGAAAACCGGGAACGGUGCUGCACCAUCUGCGGAAAAGCAAGCCGAACCUGCGAAUCCGCCCAUGAUGGCAUGCGAAGGUACAGCGUUCUUCCCAAAGCCACCGGCUGAGUUUGCGAGCGACCAGACUCCGAGCUCGGCUCCCGUGCCUCCCGAAAACGGUGACGACGAAGAGCAGCCCGCGGAGGAUCCCAGUAUGAUUCAAAACGGCGUCGAGAAAGAAGUGUGCCCUUCCGAUGAGGAGGCGAGGCGGCGGUACGAAGAGUGCCGGUCGUACCUCGAAACCAAGUGUACUCUUAUAGAAAUGCUGACCGACCCGAAGGACGAAUAUCACGCGGCUCUGGGCAGUGUUGUGGAGGCAUCGCAGGAAUUCUGGCAGCAGAUGGAGGCCGAGAAGGAUGAAAAUGCUAACGACGAAGCUGAGGAUGUGGUGUCCGUGCGCAGGGCAUCUGCAGUCAACGCCGACAUCGUCAGCUUUGUGAAGGCAAAAGAGGAAUUCCGUGCACACCUAAACAUGCCUUGGCUCUGGUACAGUGAUUUCCCGGUUCUGGCGUCGUCGGUGCCCUACUUCCAGUGUGAUAACGACCUGCGAGCGUUCAGCCCCGAAGGACUUCAUCUUGUGAUAUGUGUGCAUGGCCUGGAUGGAAACAGUGCCGAUUUGAGACUAGUCCGCACGUACCUUGAGUUGGGUCUACCCAUGGUCAACUUUGAGUUCCUCAUGUCUGAAAGGAAUCAGGGUGAAACUUUCGAGGACUUUGAAACCAUGACGGACCGUCUCGUUUCUGAGAUUAGCUACCACAUUGAAGUGUUCGCUCUGAAGCCAGCCAAAAUCAGUUUCAUCGGCCAUUCGUUAGGAAACAUCAUCAUCCGCAGCGCGCUUACCAGACCCGAAAUGAAGCCUUACCUGAACCAGCUGUGCACGUUUCUCUCGCUGUCAGGCCCUCACCUGGGCACGCUCUUCAACAACAGCGGCCUCGUCAACAUGGGAAUGUGGUUUAUGCAGAAGUGGAAGAAGUCUGGUUCCUUGCUACAGCUGGCAAUGAAGGACACAGCCGACAUUCGGCAGUCGUUUCUCUACAAACUCAGCCAGAAGCCUGGAUUGGAAUUUUUCAAGCAUGUGUUGCUCUUUGGGUCCAUGCAAGACCGUUACGUGCCCAUCCACUCGGCAAGGAUUGAGCUCUGCAAGGCAGCAGUCAAGGAUACGACACCAAUAGGCGCCGCGUACCGGGAGAUGGUGAGCCACCUUCUUCGGCCACUGGCCAGCAAACCGGACAUCAGCCUGGUGCGCUACGACGUGCACCACGCGCUGCCCAGCUCGGCCAACUCGCUCAUCGGCCGCGCCGCCCACAUCGCCGUGCUCGACUCGGAACUCUUCAUCGAGAAGUUCAUGGUGGUCACGGGUUUGAAAUACUUCACGUGAGACAUGCCCUCCCCCUCCCUCCUCGUUUUUUUAUAUCCGAGACCCGCGUGUGUCUGCCAUCGAGAUUAUUUUCCUGAACUGUGCCUACACUCCGUUUCGUACAUCAGGUGCAACGCCGUGGAAGCUAUGCAACACGUUCGGUCAGGAAAAUGUGUAAGUCUGCGCGUCUCGCACUUCGAUUUCGCUGUCGUAAGCGUGGCCUCCAAGAUUGGCUCCGGCUGUGCACUACCGGAGCUAAUCACGGAGGCCAUGAUACAAAACAAAGGAGCGACUAAGCGAUCCGGAAUAACCCAUUGAUAGCCGUGUAAAUAACAGGGUUUGUUUAUUUCUAAGGCACAAAGCAUCUUUAUUUAUUACUUAGCCUAAAAACAAAAAAGAAAAAAAUCACAUUACAGGUGGUAAAAUCAUUGAACUAUUUCUUGGUGCGACUCACGAGCUUCCAUGGCUUUGCACGUGACACAUGAAACCGAGCGUAGUAGUCCUCACCAUGAUUCGUGCCUACGGCCCUUUGCCGUGCAGAGGUUGUUUAUGUUGUGUUGCUGUGAAAGGAAGCUUCGCUGAUGGGCCAGCAUAAUCUGCCAACUCCCAAGUUAUUUCCUAUAAAAGGUAAUUGAAGUUGCGAAGCUGAUUUGAAAAAUAACGAGUUUUUACAGAUUUUCGAGGGAGACACAAGCCAAUACAUCGCAGAAUCCUUCUUUAUUUACUUUCUUUAUAUUGCAUUGCCGUUCUUAUCUUCUUCAAUAACGCAGGUGACACUCUAAAACAAUACUAAUUAUGCAUUUUAUGCCAUGUGUAACGGAAAUAUUGAGUAAUACACUAGCGGAGACUUUUUGUAAAAGUGUGUCAAAUGCUGCAAUAAUGUUCUUCUCUUCACUUGUGACAACAAUACAAACAUGAACUUUAAAUGAUGUGAAAGCCAUAUUCUAAGGUUAGUGCCUAAAUUACUGCGUAGCACCAUUCUUGUUACUGUUAUGGUGGUUUCCAUGAGACCCUUGGUGAGAAUAAUUUGGUCAGUCUUUUGAUACGCACGUUGAAAGCAUCCUCAGAUAAUGCUAAUUAAAUUUGUCAUAUUAAUGACAUGUGCCAUGUGUGAAAGCAUGCUGUGUUGACUAUCGCCACAUCUAAGUUCCUGUAGCACUUUCAUUUGGUCUAAGCAGUGAUGUUUUGUACAUUUUUGCAAUUAUUAGCUCGAAUCACGCGAAGAAGAUCUUCGAGUUGCGGAUUUCUGUACAGUGCUCAUGAAAUGAACCACGUUGAUUUAUGGCAAGUAAUGCACAUAGUACUUUCGAUUUCACUGUCUUCAGUUUGCGUCACAUCACCGCAGCAUCGCCUCGUACACAUCACCUUCAGUGGCCAGAUCUGUUGCAACGUGACGUGCUUAUCUUGAGUUAUUGCUUGUACCAGCUGCUAUACUAACAUUUAGAUGUCGCGUUUCAUUCCGUGAGCUCUGUAAAUGUCCGCUUCAAAAUAUUUUUUCAAAAGAAUGGAAAAUGUAGUCCACUCUGUGCCAUAGGCAUUUCAGGAUGUCUUGCCGUUUCAGCAAGCUCACAUGGACGUGAAUCACUCGUUAAGCUAGGAACUCAAGGUCACACCGCUGGCCAUAUGCACUCGCAAAUUUUUUGUGGCACGCUCAUUGAAUGUUUUGUACGCAUGGCUGAACUCGUUUCAGUUAGCCACAUUACAUUUCGUGUUGCUGUUUAUUGUAAGAUAAAAGCCGGCGUUCAGCAAUGGUUGGCGAGCUUUUAGAUUUUCGCAAUAGGGGGUGCAUGUGUAAUAAUACCAAUCACAUGUGGCGGAUACGCCAUGUCAUUUAUUCCUGCACUGAUUUCAGGCCAAAUUGUUGGCAAAAUCUUACCUGCACAAAAAAUGAGCAAACGCAAUUGGUCGGAAUUUCUGUGAAAUUUUUAUUAAUUUAUUUAUUUAUUGAUACUGUCAACCCAACAGUGGAAUAUUACAGGAGGGGGAUUAAUACAGUGAAAAACAUGUGUCACAAUUUCUUGAUGAGAUGUAAAAAUAAAAGCACUACAUGUGGUAUAGGGCAAACAGCGUGCAAUAUUCAGAAAGUGCCGAAUUCAAUAUUAAGAAUAUUCAAAUUGCACAAGCACUUGCAUGGAUGAGCACUGACUUACAUCUACGUUGUCGAAUAUACCAGGGGUCUCAAACACGCGGCCCGCAGACAUUUCUCUAGCGGCCUGCAGCUUCACAAGGCAUAAAAUGUUUCGGACUUUGCUAAACGAUACUUGCAUUAACCCCCCCUUGCUUCAACUUUCUUCAGUGUUCCGAUCCUUGUGGGACUAAAUUUCGUGACUGCGGCCCGCUAGCUGAAGCGAGUUUGAGACCCCUGCGAUCUACACACAUGCAAUCAACAGAUAACAGGUGUCAAGUCAAACAAAGCAUAGGUACUCUUAUUUUUUCUUCAGUUUCUUUCUUGAAAAUCACCUACAAAUGCUUGUUUCACCGUAGCAUCCAGCAGUCCAUUCUUCUCAUUGGUAACUUUUGGAGAAAAAAAAACUAAAUUGAAAACAUUUGGUAGAGACUGAAAGAGGAGGAAUGUACAGAGUCCGUCAAAAGCCCUCAGGCCAAUAUCCCAUGUAGACUGAAACCUCGAUAUAACGAACACGGAUAUAACAAAAUAUCGGUUAUAAGGAAGUAAAUGAGGGAUAGUCUUGCAAUGCAUACAGUGUUAGGAAUAUACGUUUAUAACGAAUUUUCGGAUAUAACGAAGUUACUUUCAUGUAAGAUGUAACUUCGUUAUAAUGAGAUUUGAGUGUAUUCCUAUGGCAUCAUGGCCUGGGAACUUUUGACGGACCCUGUACUUGCUGUGUCUGUGCCUAAAUUUCUAAUGUGUGGAACAGUGGUGGCUAGGCGGAGCUUAUGCUCGCUCUUAGGUUGUAACCGACGAAUAAGAUGCAACAGCGCAUUGUGAAAAGACAGAGUAUCACUUGUCUCUGUUAUAUCCUUUUUGUCUUGUCUUUUUUUUGACGCUACGACGUUGCAGCUAGCAAUAGCGUGAAGCCCAGUCAAUGCGAGCAAUCUGAAACGAUCUCGCAAGUUUUGUUUUCCAUAAAUAACCGUGAAUACUUAUUGCGGGUUCUCAUAACUGACAUUUUCCUUAGCAGGUCACUUGAAAGAAGGCAUUCACCCCUGAAGAUGUAAAUGAUUGUAUGUAGAUUUGUCCAUGUUAACGGUUUUGUUACCGUUUCUUAACUUCCUGUAAAUUGUGAGUGCGUAGAUUCUUUUAAAGCUUGUUUUCAAUAUGCUAAUUUGUUUAGAAAGUAUUCAAUACUUUUGGUUUUUAGCAUAGCCUUUAUUGCCAUGCCACUGUACUUUAUUUGGAGAGGUAUAAUUAUUUUUAGUUAUUUUGUUGGCAGUGUUGAUUGUUAGCCAAAGAUGACGUUCAGUUUUUUUUUUUGAGAUAGUGCAGAAAUUUAUUGGUGCAUGCUUAUUUUUAAUAUGUUGCUUUAAUGAAUAUGAAGAGCGUAUGAGUGAAUAAUCUCAUGUUAAGUUUUUCAGGAGACGACUACCUCUGGAAAUCAUUCUUUUAGUUGUUUGCUUUUUAUGCUGUUUUGUAAUUUCGCCGUUAUCGCAUUUUGGUUCCAGCGUUUUGAAUCAGUAACAUUGUAGUCGUUAAGGCAUAUGUAUAUUACUUGCCGUGACAAAUCUGUAUUGGCGCUAUUGUUCGAUGGACUGUUAUUUCUUGCACUUGUUUCUACAUUCUACGAUUAGUGAUCACACCAUGACGUACUGAUUGAGAGCGAGCUUAUCGUAGUAGUCUUUUUCCUUUUGCUUCUGAAAAGAUGGCUAUCAUCUAGAGUAUUGCUUCGGAGCUGUUUCAGAACAUUUAUGGUGUGGAGCUUGAAACGAUACUGAUUUGCUGAUGUUGACACUGUAUGUCGGACGGGUAGCAUUGCAGUGCAGAUUUUAGUUCCUACGUAUGUAUGCUAAGUUCACAGCUCAUGAAGGAGAGUUUACGUGUAUAUUUAGCACAAUGUUUUGUUUUAUAACUGUCUGACAAAAAUGUGUGAUGUUUUGUGCAAACUCAAGAAAGAAUCUUCAGUGUUAAGCCAUGCAUUUUAUGAAAUAUGCGCGUUUCAUGAAACGCACUCUUGUAAAAUUAGCGCAACUCAUCACAUUUUCUGUACAACCGGUAAUAAUUUCAUUUCAUUUAAUGUACAUUCACUCAUUGUACUUGAGCUGAUGUUAGUGUAAUAUGCUUUUUUAAUGAAUCGCUAUUCCAUUGUUCGUGUAUAAAACCCAGCAACAGACGUCGAAAACUCUCAAGGAUGUUCACGCUGUUUGCCACUUUUAUGUUGGACAGUGUACAGGAUGGCCAUUAUUGUUACUGGCCAAGUCGUAUACAUUUCUUGUUUGCGAGUGAAAUAUUUUUUGUUUUUUCAUUCCAUGAGACUUCACUUAGCGUGCCAUUACACAAUAAUGUUAACUAUCUUUCUUUCGAAGUUGCCAAAUAUAUUUAUUCUGGUUGCCUACUGUUAUGUCUCGUUUUUUUGUUGUGUGCUAAUUCUUUUUCCGUGUGUAAAUAUAUACUAUUUUCACAAAAGCCAUGAUUUUAAAAGUUCAUUCAGUGCGUUUGCUGUAAUUUGAAGGUUGCUGUUUGCCAAAAAUGGAGGUUUCAGCGCAGUAGUUUUAUGUAGUCACGAGCCAGUACACUCGUGUGCAAACUGCAGUCAACAGUUUGGUCAUUGUUGGCAUGUUUAAAUCUACAUUCUGGUAAGUUGCAUGGAAGAUGCAUGAAAUUUCGUUAGCAGGCUCUCCUGCACAACCAACUUGCCCAAAUCCAUCUGGUAGCGAUGUUAAACAUAGAACAUGAGUUUGAAAAGUUUUUUUACGGUGUGGUGAAUGAACACGAGUCAUCGGAAAUGAUGUCAUACGUGGACGUAUAAUGUCAUAAACUAACAUAUGAUGUUGUGCACUGUUGUAUAUGACAUCAUACGUUGAUGUCAUACAUUGAUGCCGCACAUUGGCUGGUUAGUAUCAUUGUGACUAUAGCUUAAUAUCUGCCAGCUCGGUUAGUGAAGACGCACACCAGUCUUGUGGAGAAGCGCAUUUUUUAGUCUAGCGUGUCGUCUAUUCCCUAAAAGCCAGAACAAUUUGGGAAGUUUUGUUUCAUAUCCCACAUAAUUAAUGUGCUUAUAUUUAGAAAAUGAAAAUUUUGCCCUUACAUUCAUUUUUAUGCAUUUAAGAAACAGAAAUGCUUCUGUUAGGCAGUAGUUGCCCUAAUUAGAGGAAAUUUGUUGCGUUUUAAGUACAUAAUGUGAAAUUCCAAUGUCUGUUCCACCUUCUUCUAAAAUGAAGACUGACAAACCGUGAAAUUUAAAGACAAAAGCAUCAGGUCUGUAUUUCUAUCUCCCUGACAUAAAGACACUGCAAUUCUUUAAAGCUUAACAGAAUAUACAUACUACAUAAUGUUGGCUAUAGAAAAUGCUGGUCUUUUCUGUGAGUUAUCUUUCUUAAAAAGGUGGUGCCAUCAAAUUUCGAGGCUAUAACAAGCCUGUUGUGGGUUUCCUCUGUAUGCAAGGACAUUCCACACGAAGGGUCGGACACAGCAAACGUUUAGAAUAUAUUUUAAUUCCCUUCCGAAGUGUACCUAAAUGCUCAUUCUCCCGAUCGAAACCCAUCGCUAGCGCGCCAACACUGACGUAGAUCUGUAGGAAGGGCAACGAAAGUUGUAGUGACGUCACACCAAAUCUGCCGUAGCAACGUGAGUGACCUCCGGACCUCCGCCACUUCCGCAACGUACGUACCGGCUGUAGUGAACUAGAAUAUAUUCUAGUUCACUAUAGUACCGGCAAAGCAUCGGUUGCUACAUCACUCGCCGAGUUUCGAUCGCUUCCUGGCUAUGUGCGUCACAGCCUUGUGUGGUCACGUGACUACGCCUCCUACACUUCUACGUCACUGCCCUACCUCGGCGCCCAGAAACCGAAACCGAAAGUUGUCCAAAUCAAAAGGCGAUAUUAAAUUAUUUAGCGAGAAUACAUGAACCUUGGUGCGUGCAUCAUGCUUCCUGGAGCUAUAGGAAACGCUCACAGCAAAGAACGCGCAAGCCACAAAUUUGGUGGCACCACCCCCUUAAGAACACAAGCAAAUGAAGUACCAACUUUCAGAAGCGCUAAAGUUAAUUGUAGUAAAUAUUUCUGCUUUAAACAUAGUCUUCACUGCUGACUUAGUUGCGAACAUUUUUUUUUUUCACGUUCAUUACUUUCUUCUAUAACGUGAAUAUCUAAACCCUAAUCUGCUUUCAACAAUGGCUAUAGACUUUGUUUAAUGAAAAAAAAAAUGAUUUAGUUUAGUUUAGCAAUUGCUUAACAUGAAAAUGUGUUUACAUAUAUUUGAACAAGUCAGGCUACCCUGAAGUGAAGUUCUGAUUAGACGAACAGAUCCCUUAGAGGCAAUUUGUCUCGCGGGAAACGAACCCCAAUUUAAUGUGACGAUCCAGUUCGCUGUCAAGCAAUUAGUCAUCGUGGAUAUUACCAUUUUCACCUAAUCUUUCAUGUCAACCACCCUUGCCAUCUCUAUCGCCGUUAUCCUUCACUUAAUCAGCCACAUACUUACAUGCCCAAAUGGUAAACCUGGUUGUGAAAACUCCCUUACCUACUGGGUAGCAGUACUAGUUUUGACAGUACAAGCUUAUCUACAUCCAAUAUGUAAACCGUGGCUUUUGCUUUAUCAUGGAAAAAAAAAACUAGUUUAUGUGCAGGUCGUUGCCUCCAUCAUUUAAGGUCAUUGUACAGCUGAGACUUCUCCUCUCCACCUUCAGUACAAUACGCAGGGGAGUGAUACCGUGGCCACUUACAUGCUUCAAAUCCAUAAUGCCACCUGUCUCGUGGAUAGUACAGGGUGGUACAAUAUAAAUGAGAACACCAUAUUGACAUUCAAGCGACUGCUGCUUAAGGAGUAUGAUUCGAGGUAUCGCAUGCCUACGCUCGCUGUAUGGCUCUCUUUGUCUAAGAAACCAGCUUUUUAAGGGCCAGGAGUAUGGGCGUUUUCGAUGUAAGCCGGGUGUUCUAGUUCACAUUGUUCAACACUGCACCUACACGAAGCUAGUCAGAAGUACCCCCAUUUCAUGUCAUGCCUACAGUUCUGUGCGUCAAGGGAAACUGUGCACGCCGCAAGGGCUUCAGGCAGUAACAACAUUCACUCGAGGCUCAUGCAACGUUUACAGCUAGGGCUGGGCAUCGAUUACAAUUUAGAACAUGGCUAAUUACCAGUGUUAAUUAAUGUGGCAAUUUACAAAACAGUAUAUCGCAGCCCCAGGCAGUUGAGGCAUACUUAUUGCAUGAGAGACCAUUAGACAAAUAAAUGGCCAUUACCUGGGCAGUCAAAAUUCAAUUUUUAUAAUCUAACACUCCAUUGCAUGAGGUAGCUAUGGUCUUUAAAAAAUAAGCCUAAAUAGGUGUCGUUAUAAUGGGCAUGUGUCUUUUUUUGAAUUGCAUUCAAACUUAGCCAGUUUGGUUUGGCCACAUUAAAUUUGAAUAUCUCAUUGAGCAUUGUAGACGCCCUACAAGUAAGUGCCGUAUGGAAGCACAAAAGAGUGGGUGGGGUUCAGGGUAUUGUCUGUGUGGGGAAUGUAGUGUUUAGGAUACAGCCAUCGCUGCUAUGCUAACGCUUGAGGAUUGCACUCUUUUGCAUUAUAUUAGGUUGCCUACGAUUGUAGACAACUUGCCUGAGGCCUCCUGCUUAUUGAGGCAUUGAUGAAAUUAACGAGGAAGUUGACUUGUCAGUUGCCCAGCCCUAACUGCAACACGGCUCUUGGUGUAAUGUAGCGAAACGCACAGCGGACCUUCAUUCCAUUUCCGAGAUGCUGUUCAGUAAUUGUCUCAUUACCACACCAUACAACAAUGUAAGCUACAAAGCCAGUGGUCGAACGGUGGCAAUACGGUAGUGUCGGGACACCUCACAUCUUUGUAACCGCGAGGGAGUCUGAGGCUCGAGAUGGGACUUUUUUGUACUCCGGAAGUUUUUUGAGCUCCGGAUUGGUUGUGUACCACAUGUUGGUCAGACACCACUCCGCCGUAUACCGCACGCUUUGCGUGUGUAGAAUACACACUUAAAGCCAAGAUUUCACGUGCCAUUUUUGCUCGUUCCUCGUUUCAUUUUGGCUGGCCUCACCUACCAAAGUGUUCAGCGAACAAUCUUUGAGAAAUCGUGGCUCGCUUUUUUUCCAUUGUCACCGUGGAUCGUCACCUAGUCAUGUACAGGAGUGCGGCUUUGCUACUCGUCGUUAGAGGCGUGCCACUGGCUUGUACGAGUGUGCUCAGUGGAGGGAUGCAUUAUGUGUGUGUGCGCGUGUGACGCGUAUUGUGUACAUGGGUGUCUUCAUGAAAAUUCAAUGUGUGUGAUCACUGUAUGCACUUGUUGCGCUUCAUUAAACGGAUGUUUAAUGCCGCCCUGCGCGGGA